AUGUCGGACGAACAACCGAAAGAACAGACCAACGGCACCAACGACAACAAUGGCGUCGAUCAAUCCAACCUAGAGGAACAAGUCAAGGAAGACGACAGGAAAUUAUUUGUUGGUGGUUUAAGCUGGGAAACCACAGAAAAGGAAUUAAAAGAACAUUUUGUUCAAUAUGGAGAGAUCACUAACAUUAGUUUAAAGACUGAUCCAGCGACUGGGCGUUCCAGAGGAUUUGCUUUUAUAAUUUUCAAGUCCGUUGACGGAUUAAAUAAUGCAUUUGCUGCUGGUGACCAUGUUAUUAAUGGCAAGAAAAUUGACCCUAAGAAGGCGAAAGCAAAACAAGAGAAAGUGUUUGUUGGUGGUUUGCCGUCUGAUGUUACAAAUGAUGAAAUCAAAGAAUUUUUCGGAAAAUGGGGUGUUAUUGUCAACUUAGAAGUUCCCUUUGAUAAAAUGAAAAACCAACGUAAAGGUUACUGUUUUAUCACUUAUGAAUCUAGUGAUAAGGUACAAGAUCUUUUCAAAACUGCCAAACAAACAAUUAAAGGCAAAGAAGUGGAUGUUAAAAAAGCAGCACCCAAGCCUGCUAAUCCUUAUGCUAACCCUAAAGCAAUGAGAGGUCGAGGAGCAGCCCGUGGAGCUUACCCUCCUCAAGGAUAUGACUAUUAUGGAGGAGCUACAUACCCAGGUUAUGAAGCUGAUUAUUAUGGUAGCUAUGGCUAUGCUGGAUAUGAUUACGGUUAUGGAUAUGAAGCUCCGCCAGCUCCUGUUUCUGCUACUAGAGGCCGAGCUGCAUUUAAUGGUGCUGGAAAAACAAGAGGAGCAUCUCGAGGAUCCGGUGCAAGACAUGCUCCAUAUUAA